GAUACUUUAUUAAAAGUUUGUGGAAUACUUGAACAAAAAAAAAGAAAUGAACGAUUAUCAUUUGCGCAAAAAAAAAAUGUCUUGGCUAAAAUACUAAGUGAUGAUGAAAAUUUGAAGAUUUUAAAUGAUAUUAUAGAUGAUAAUAAUAUCCUAUACUUGGUGAAAAAUUCAAAACCAGAUUGGAAAUUUUUAAACGAAUUGCGAAAAUUAGAUUCAGGACGUACUAUUAAUUUCGAUGGAAUCAAAAUAGCUCAUAAGAGAGCAUUUAAAAUGAAGGGUUGUAACGUUACUAAAAUUGGAGCUGAAGGAUAUAGAAAAGGAAAAAUUGAAUUUAACUCAAAUGAAGAUUAUAUUAUGUGA